AUGAAGUUCAAAUUUAAAUUCCACGUCUAUUCUCUCAAUUAUCGAGAUUUACUGAUUAGUGAAGGACAUCAUCCAUUAAAAUUGAAAGAAAAUCUUGUCCCAGCAUCUGACGAAGCAGAUGAAAUAACAGAUAUUGGUGAUCGAGUUUCAUUAAAUUUCAUUCGUAACCAUAAUGGCGGACAAGCUGUGCUUGUUCAAGGAACUCUUGAAGUUGGCGGCGAAAAUACCCUGAAACAAUCAGUUGAUGAACUGGUAUUUGGCAGUUUGAUUCACUUAAUUAGGUUUCUUCGUCAAGGAAAUGGUUCGAAUUUGAGUUCAUCCGAAUUUGCAAUGAAUGUGUUGAUGAAAAAUGCCAAUGUUCAUGAAGUUUUAGUGGACAGUGUUGAAUAA